AUAAAAGUCGUCCGCAAAUUGAUUAAUUUUUGUGACGUCAGACAUCCGCCAUUUUCUCGACCCGGCGUGCCACAAAAUUAAGAAAUUCAAUCGAUAAAAGCUCUUGUGUGAGUUGUGUGGGAAUUUUUUUCAAGAAUCCAAGUUUUUUGAUAGGCGACCAGAAAUAAACAGAUUUUUCCACAAGAAGAGUUUUUUCCAACAAUUUCUGCAUUUUUUAUCAAGGACGUAAAACAGCAGGUUAGACAACACAGAUCUCAUCAUGUGGAACCAAGAUUCUGGCGAACAGCAGGAAAACAAGACAAACUUGAUCAUAAACUACCUGCCACAGACGUAUUCGGACGAUGAAAUGUUUUCGCUUUUCUCGACUAUUGGGAAAGUCGUCAACUGCAAGAUUAUCAGAGAUAAGAACAGCGGGUACAGCUACGGGUUCGGAUUUGUCGAGUACUCGUCACCGCAUGAAGCCCAGAAUGCAAUUCAACAGUUGAAUGGUUGCGAAAUUGAGCAUAAGCGUAUUAAGGUGGCACUUGCUAGGCCACCUGGUGAGAACACCAAGGGAGCUAACUUGUAUAUUAGGAAUAUCCCACAAAAUUAUGACGAAGAGACUCUUAAAAAUCAGUUCAUCCACUACGGCAGUAUUAUACAGGUUAGAAUACUUGUUGACCAUUUAACUGGUCAGUCGAAAUGUGUCGGCUUUGUGUUAUUCGAGAAAAAAGAAUAUGCAGAACAAGCUUUAAGCGAAAUGAAUGGUCAAACCCUGCCUGGCGGCAACCAGCCCCUUGCCAUCAAAUUUGCUGAUGAUAAUGCCAAGAAAGUGAGAGCCCCACCUAUGCCCCCACAUGGGGGAUAUGGUCAAAUGCCCGGUUAUGGUGCAUCAGGGUAUGGUCCACGCCAAGGAGGGCCUAUGAGGGGCCCUAGAGGGGGUGGUAGUAUGAGAUAUAACCCUAUGGGUUCUGGGGCUAUGGGUAACGGGUUUGGGGGCUACUCUGGAGGUUAUGGGGGAAGAGGUAGAGGUGGUGGUAUGUCUGCUCCACGACCGGUGCCACUUUUCAAUCAGUUCGGUGGUGGGGAUGCCCCAGGGGAAGGGGUGAUCCUUUUUGUGUACAAUAUUGGGAUUGAUGCUACAGAAAAUGACCUUUGGAACCUUUUCUCUCCCUAUGGUACCAUCAAAAAGGUCAAUGUCAUCUGGGACCAGGCACAGAAUAAAUGUAAGGGUUAUGGGUUCGUUACUAUGUCAACUAUGGAUGAGGCCAAGUAUGCAAUUGAAUAUCUGAAUGGCUUUUACUACAAGACGGCCCCAUUGCAAGUGUCCAUUAAAUCUGACGGGAAGAAAUAAAAAAUCCUGUAGUGAGGUGAAAAAAAAACUUAUUGCGUCAAAUUUUCUUAUUCAAAGAAAGCCCACUGACUUGCAGUGUUUUUCUGGAGGGAAUUGCAUAUCGAAAAAUAGCUUGUUUUAAUGGACAUUACACACAGGAAAUAAGAAUCCAUUUUUGUUGGACCCAUUGUUAGCAUGUUUAAACUGUAGAUUGGAUAAAAUUUGCUAUAAUUUUAAAGAUUUUUCAUUAAGAGGGAGACAACGGGUGCAAAUUUCUAGCCAGCAUUAUAUAAAGAAUAACCAUUUAGAAGUCAAUAAAUCAAAAUUUGUCGAUAAUAAGGAACAAGGAUACUGAUGCAAACUAUAAAAUCUUGAAAUAAAACUGAACAGUACUCUGUCAACAAUGAUUAUCUCUUAAAAUGUAUAGUUUUGUUAUGUUCUCAUUACACAUUAUGGAGUAGUAACAGAAAUUUUCGUAUAUAAAAUGAACUAGAAAUCCCAUUAUCAAAGGAACUUGUCUUUAAUUUCUGAUGUUGGUAUAUAUUGUAACAAUAUGUUAUAUGAACGAGAUUUUGCUGUAAUAAUUUCUUUUUGAUUUGUCAUUGUCAGAAUUGUCCAUUCCUGUUGUCAGAUUUCAUUGAAUUUGCCAUUGUCAGAUAUUUCCAUUGUCAGUUUUCAUUGAAUUUGCCAUUGUCAGCUUUUCCCAUCUCAGUUGUCAAAUUUCAUUGAAUUUGUCAUUAUCAGAAUUGUUCCAUUUCCAUUGUCACUUUUCAUUAAAUUUGUCAUUGUCAGAAAUUUCCAUUACCAUUGUCAUUUUUCAUUAAAUUUUCCAUCAUCAGAAUUGUCAUUUUUCAUUGAUUUUACUAGUGUUAGAAUUUUGAUUGGUAUUGACAUUGAUUUUCAUUCAGUUUGUCAUUUUUGCAAUUGUCAGUUUUCAUUUAAAUCCUAAUCGUCAUUAUUUUCAUUUUGUCUUUUUCGGUUUUCAUUGAAUCUGUCCUUGAUUUCUUUUUGUCAUUUUCAAUUUUAUGCAUUAAUUUGUAUCCAUCUUUUCAAAUUUUGCGUCACUCUUAUUUUCAUUGUUUUCAAUUAGUAAAUCUACUUGGUUGAAUAAGAAUAUCCUGUGCUGAACUAUAGGUUUAACAUUUAUAGUUAGUGUUAUGUAAAUUACACAAAAAAGUACUUUUCUUGAUAUAGUUAUCUUUUACAUUUCAAAUUAUCUCCACUUUUAUUGCACUGAAUUGGUAAAUAUCAUAAAGUUUACAUUUUCACCUUAUGGCAGCGUUACAUCAACUAUAAUAUAUAACAAGAAAGCUUAAAUUCAACUAAAAUACGUUACUAAAAUGUUGUAUUCAAGUGCAAAAUGAAAGUUAUGCCAAAAAUAUUUGAACUUUUACUGACAUUGCCUCCAUAAUAAAUAGAAAUCUUUACUUUUAGGUGACUGACAAAAUUUGGUUCAGUUAAGCACAUUCUGUUCUUUUUCAACUCAUCAUUGUAAUUGCAGGUAGCAAUAAGUUUCCAUUUAUAUGAAUGUAACACAUUGUAUCAAAAAAAGGACUUGUUCACAUUAUAUCAUGUGUGUAUACAAGAUUUUUCAUAGUAUUUCAAGUAUUUUUUCAUACAUUUUAAUGAUUGUAAUUGCAACAUGUAAAAUCAUAUUAAUGUCUAUGUAAAAGCUUCUUUGCAAAAUUCUUAAGGUGAUUUUGUCAGUUUAUAAUGUUACUCAGAAUUUUGGUGAACUGUGCUGAAAAAAUUGAUAAGAAAAUAUACUGAUUGAGUGCAUUUGCACCAGUCGUCUUGCAGCUGUGAAUUGAAUAUGUAUGAUAUUUUAUAAGUUUGAUUACUUAAUUGUGAGUAAAGUUUGCUAGAAUGCUUGAUGUGUUGCUGGUAGCAACUUUGUAUGAUACUAGUACAGUACAGACCAAUUGGCAAGAGAACCAGCCAUAUCUUAAUUAACAAAAAUUUAUAUAUUGGUUGAAUACUUUUUAGUCUGCAUUUUAACAAUUUUCUGGGAGAAAUAUUUCCCAUUUUUGUUCUGCCAACAAUGUCGGCAGAAUCUGAGACUAGAAAAAAAAUUGCAAGUUGACUGAGAUGUAAUUUUGUGUUUACUUAACAACAGUAUAUUUUUGUUGGAUAAAAAAAAGGUAUUUGCAAGUUACAUAAAUUUUGGGUUAAUUAAUUCUUAUUUCUCUAAUUACUUGUCUUAGUUUCAUUCCAUUCCAGUAUUGAAAAGAUAUUGUUCAGAAAUAUUACAUCUCAUUUGUAAAUACAUCCAGUUUUUGUUGAAUCAGUGACAUUUAUUUAGAAAUUUUUUAUCAAAAAAGAAAUAGAUUAUGUUAAAGAAACUUCAUUUGGUUUAAACAGAUAGAGGAUUUAUAAUCUGAUUUUUGAAAAAAACGUUUUGUUGGAUGUUGUUUUAAAGCAGUCUGCCUCUAGAUGUUUGUCAGAGUAUCCAUGUGAAGGUACUGGCCCCAUAUUGGCAGUCAACAAUUUCUGAACAAUUGUGUAUUCUCAUGUGAUAUUAUGGCGUUUUCCGGUUGUAACAUAAAAUUAGUUUUUUUUUUGUGACAAGGGGAAAAUGUAGAAAUCGGUUAUGGAGAAAACAUAAUUGAACAGAAAAUGCCGAUUGUCAUUAGGGCCACCUACUGUAAAGCAGAAACAUGUUGAUUAUUGUAACAGCAUAAACAUAGAAAGCUGAUGGAAAGAUAAAGUUUUUCAUUGUUAAGAAUACAUUUCAAGUGUUCAUGUGUAAAUAAAAGAUGCAGAAAUUGAA